AUCGUUCCGUUUCCCUGGAGAUGUGAAACAUUGGAGAGGGGGCCUGGAAUUUUCUCUUCUAAGCAUUUUGUCAACAUAGUUUUAUUAAAAUCAUAUGAGAACACGGGAAAUGGAAGUUUCUGGGAGUAUAAUGGAAGCAGCCAGUUCCUCAUUCUGUCAGAGCCCUCCCUGGGCUGAAGACCCCCCUAUGUCUUCUCCUUUUUAUGAUGAUGGUCAACUGGUCACCACCAGUGUGAAUCACACACAAGACCUUCUGAGACUACAUAGGUCACAAGGUCACUCGGGCAAGUGGAAGAGCUCUUCUGAUUGGCUCCAGACCCACAGUCUCCAGAGCAUUGGGCUUUCCCUUUCACAGCUCCGCUAUCAAGGGACCAUCAAUACCCUGGCCUUUGAGUUGUACCAUGGUAAGAUGAGGUGGCUCAACCAAGGAAGCAUGAAGGUGUUUGGGCUGGUAAAAGGGUCUAGAGUCUGAGUCAUUGUUGAUGUUUCUGAUGCCAACUGCACAGAGGAGAGACUAGCUGAUCUACAGGUGAACCUUCUGGUCCUGAUUGAGGAGCAGCUCAUUUGUAAGAGGCAGCUGUACCUGCUGUCCUUUGGCACUGAGACCAACAGUCUUUGGGACAGCCCCGUAGAUGUCAAUCCCUUCAG